UGCCAGGGUUUCCGUGUACGCGCGACUCGAGCGGAGACGCGCAGCUCAAAUCCGUGAAUAGCCAGACAUGGCGGCGGAUCUAAACCCGGACUGGAUCUCCUGUCUCCCUUCUUCGUGGAGUUCUGGGGUUACUCGGGACGGACGGAUUUUCUUUAUCAAUGAAGAAGCAAAGAGUACAACCUGGCUGCAUCCAGUCAGUGGAGAAGCAGUCAUCACAGGGCAUAGGAAAACUCCAGAUUUACCGACUGGAUGGGAGGAGGGAUAUACGUUCGAGGGAGCCCGAUGCUUCAUCAACCACAAUGAGCGCAAGGUGACCUGCAAGCACCCUGUAACAGGCUCUCCCUCUCAAGACAACUGCAUCUUUGUCGUCAACGAACACUUGAAUUGCGGGAAAAUCGUUCGUCCUGUCUUACACAGGCUACACAGGCCUGCGUCCAAACCGCCAGCGAAUGAGAAGAAGGAGCGGCCACUGAGCACCAUGAGUGAAACGUCCAACUACACCGGUGGUUCGGGCGACUACGCCACGUACCCCAACAGCCCUGCGGGCACACAGCGACCAUCAAGACCCUCUAAAAAAAUCCACAAUUUUGGAAAGAGGUCAAACUCCAUAAAGAGAAACCCGAACGCGCCAGUUAUAAAAAGCAACUGGCUUUACAAACAGGACAGCACCGGGAUGAAGUUGUGGAAGAAGAGAUGGUUCGUGCUGUCCGACAUGUGCCUCUUCUACUACAGAGAUGAGAAGGAAGAAGGGAUCCUCGGCAGCAUUCUUCUGCCUAGUUUUCAUAUUUCCCUGUUGUCUGUGGACGACCACAUCAACAGAAAGUACGCCUUCAAGGCGACGCACCCAAACAUGCGCACAUACUACUUCUGCAGCGACACGGCCAAAGACAUGGAGUCCUGGAUGAAGGUGAUGACGGAUGCAGCACUGGUGCACACCAACCCAGUCAACAGGCUGGAGCGACUCAAAGUGGAGCAGUGUGGCCCGCAGGACGUGAUGAAUAACGGGCCCAACCACCAUCCAGCCCCACAGCAGCAGCCCCAGCCCCAGGUCCCGGACCAGCCGGACCAGUCGGACCAGCAGCCUCUGGAGCAGCCGCAGAGCGCCGAGCAGGGCGGUGGGAGUGGGGGCGGCAGCCUCGAGCGACAGCGCCCUCCGCUGGAGGAGGACCGGCGGCAGCACGACGCCGAGCGCUACGGUUUCCAAACGGACGGCGGCGGUGGCGGUGACUGGGACCGGCCGCCGCUCACCAAGAUCACCGGCGCACGCCUGCAGCAGCACCAGCAGCAGCAACACCAGCAUCCAGCCAACGGGGGGCCGCACCAGGGCCUCCAGUCCAGCCCGGCCCAGCUCAACGGCACCGGCGCGGGGGAGCGCAGCAGCCCCGGAGCGGAGCUGGGCAACGGGCCAAGCCAGAGAGCGGGCGCCCAGACGCCCGUGCCUGAGCCCCAGCGCGUCCUGCAGAGGACCAACUCCAUGCAGCAGCUGGAGCAGUGGGUCCGCUCACAGAGAGGCCGCGGCCAAGACGACGACACCCGCAGUGUCUCCUCCUACCAGACGUUGCCCAGGAACAUGCCAAGCCACCGGCCGCCGGUAGCCAUGCCGAUGUACGCAGACGGCUACCGCACGCUCCCGCGCAACAGCUUGGCGCGCCCGGACAGCGUGUGCAGCAUCUCGCCCUCGCUCUACGACCGCAUGCUGGGCCCGGCGGCGGCGUCCACUCCGGGCGCAGGCAUGGACAAGCGGCGGUCCAUGCGCGACGACACGCUGUGGCAGCUGUACGAGUGGCAGCAGCGCCAGGCGUACGUCCGGCACCCGCUCCAUCCGCCGCAGCGUCCGGCGCACCAGCUGUACGGCGGCAUGCCCAGCCCCAAGACCAUGAUCAACCUGUCAGAGCACACAGGGCCGUCCAUCCCGCCCUCUCCCUCCCACGGCUCGCUCUACCAGGCCGGCUACUCACCGUUGCACGCCUACAACGCCGGCAGCUCGCGCUCCGAGCUCUCCUCGCCUGUCUACGGACGCGGGGACCUCAGCAUCGAUCGCCGUCACAGGGGGCAGCUCAACAAGUAUGGUUAUCCACCUGAUCGUAGGUCCAUGCCAACAGGAAUCCCAAUCCAGACCAUCACUCCUCAGUCACUGCAAGGGAAAACGCCGGAGGAGCUGACCCUGCUGCUGAUCAAACUGCGCCGGCAGCAGGCCGAGAUCACCAACAUCCGAGAGCACACGCUAGUGCAGCUCAUGCAGCUGAACCUCGACGGCCAAAACCCAAAGAACGACAUUUUGUCACAUCACCUCCAAAGGACCCUUAUGUAUCUGGACGAGCAGAUGAAGGAAAAUGACCCCUUAAUCCUCACCAUUCACACUAUGAUUGAGAACUCAGCCCCGCGGCCACAGCUCUACCAGCAAAUGAGCCCAGAUGACUACAGAGACCAUGCCUAUAUGUGCAGACCAGAGGAACAUGAUAUUGAUACCAAGUUGAGCAGGCUGUGUGAGCAGGACAAGGUCGUCCGGAGUCAGGAAGAGAAGCUGCAGCAGCUCCACAGAGAGAAGCACACCCUAGAGACGGCGUUGCUGUCGGCCAGUCAGGAGAUUGAGAUGAGCGCAGACGACCCGGUGGCCGUGCAGAGCGUCGUCCAGCAGAGAGACCUGCUCCAGAGUGGCCUGCUCAGCACCUGCAGAGAACUAUCCCGCGUCAACACAGAGCUGGAGCGGUCGUGGAGAGAGUAUGACCGGCUGGAGGCAGAUGUGGCCAUGGCCAAGAGCAACCUCCUGGAGCAGCUGGAGGCACUGGGGAGCCCUCAGACUGAGCCCCCCAGCCAGCAGCAUGUUCACAUCCAGAAGGAGCUGUGGAGGAUCCAGGACGUGAUGGAGGCGCUGAACAAGAACAAGCCCCCGAGGAACGCCGAUGGCUCAGGUUUUUUCACCUCCACACCCAUCUCCAGCCAUCAGAAGAGCGAGGAGGACUCGGUGCCCCCGCGCCCCCCCCUGCCCACGUCCUACAACCCCAGCGAGCGCCCCCCGGUCGUGCCCCCCCUGCCUUCGCCGGGCAGCGUCCGCACCACGCCCCACCGGCCUGAGGACCGCAAGGCGGCCCAGAGAAACGGAGCGCACAGCGGCCCAGACUACCGACUGUAUAAGAGUGAGCCAGAACUGACCACUGUGGCAGAAGUGGACGAGACUAAUGGAGAGGAUCGCUCUGAGCAUGCCAUGGAGAGAGACUCUAGUGCCAAAGGCAUGUCCUACCCGGUUGGAAUAGUGCCUCCCAGAACCAAAUCACCCAUGCCUGAGUCCUCCUCCAUUGCCUCCUAUGUCACCCUGAGGAAGAACAAGAAGCCCGACCCCAGAGCGGAGCGUCCACGUAGUGCGGUGGAGCAGCUAAGUGCGGCGGAGUCGAGCGCACGUCCGCGCAUGAGCGUGGAGGAGCAGAUGGAGCGCAUCCGGCGGCACCAGCAGGGGGCACUGCAGCAGAAGAAGAAGAGCCUGGCUGUGCUGGGGGGCAGCCCGGGCGCUCAGGAGAACUCGCCCUCACGCAGCCCCUCCUUCUCCAAAGAAAACCCCUUCAGGACCAUGCAGUCCACCCAGGGUCGGCGGAGGAACGAGGGUUUCUGCACUGACCUGCAGGAGCUGGAGGCCUCUCUGAGAGAGCAGGAGGUGGUGCAGGAGCACGAGAGUCCGGCCGAGGAGAUUGCCCGUCUCAAAGAGGCCGUGGAUCCCGAGCACUUCAACAUGGACCGCGAGCUGUCCAAGCCAGAGAAGGUGGUAAUCCCCGAGCGCUACAUGGAGCCAGAGCCGGAGGAGGCCCUGAGCCCGGAGGAGGAGGCCGACAAGAGGAAGAAGGUGGACCGCAUCAAGGCCCUUAUCGCCAAGAACAGCAUGCAGAACAUGCACCCUGGUUUGGCUCUGAGCCCAGAGGUGGAGUCGGAGGAGGAGGCCACUGCCCAGACGCAGGAGAAGAUCAUCAACAUCUCCUACGAGCUGGCCGCAGAGGCCUCCAAGCGCUCCAAACUGGUGGCCGCAAAAAGCCUCCCUUCCUCCCCCCAGUCCCCUGUGCCCCCUGCAACACACACUCCCCUGCAGCUCACAGAUGGGACACACUUCAUGUGUGUGUAGUGCCCUGGCCACACACAAGCCCUGGCCUCAGUGAAGACCUACACAUGAGGACGGGUGGCUUGGAGAGUGACCCCAACAGCACACGGUGUCCCGACUGGCCAGAUCGCUAACUCUCGAGGCUUUAAAUACUCCCGGAAGGAACAUUGCUGCACUGUGACAUCACUUCCUCCCUCCACGGCCCUUUUUAGUAGUCGUGUAGAUGUUCUCAUUGUUUCACCUGUGCAUUCACAGGCCUUCCACACACACACACUGCAGUGGCCAUGCAGGCAAGAUGGGCUCUCAUUCGCCCCGUUCUGCUGUGAGUGUGUGUUGGCUUCAUAUGCAGCUAACUCACACACGCCAAAAUAUACACAGUUCAAUGCCAAUGUUAGCUACAAUAAGCUCAAAGAUAGCUUGCGGAAGCAGGACUACUUUGUGACCGGUUUUUAAAUAGUUUCAUUGUGUUUAGUUAAGUUAUUUUUGCAAUUUUUAAACAUUUUAACCUUUCUUGUUAAUUUUAAAUCUCAUAUCUUUUAGAAUACAGAACACUUCAUUCUACAGUAUUUAAGUGCAUAAAACCACAUUGUUUUUAUAUGAAAAAAAAAAAAUAUAUAUAUAUAAAUAUGAUAGAUAUACAUGAUACAUAAAAUGAUGACCACAUGGUGCCACUUCAUUGCUGCAGUUGAAGAUUUUCUUUUUCCUUGGGUCGUAGUUAUUUAUGUCUGACCGCGUGCAGUUCAUGUCACAGUUGCCGACACACACAAGAAUGUUUUGGCUUUAAAUAUGCUUCAUGUCUUUUUUCUUUUUUUUAAAUGAUAUUUAAAUAGAAUUUCUGGGAUUUCUUUUUAUUUUCCUGGUUGGUUUGGAAUCCUGGACAUGAUAGAGAAGGGACUAGCACAUGUAAAAAAGCAAUAAGUAAAAGUUUGUUAUUCCAGGAUUGCAGAGUAUUUUUUGUACAAAAUGUAAUUAAAAGAGGAUCCUUGUGUAUAUACUGUAGGCUGCACAGUGGACAGAGCGGGUGUACAGGAGACCACUUACUGAAGUCAAUAUGCAAAUGUUCAUAUCUCAUCUGAUUUCUAUCAUGUGAAAUAAAUGUUGAUGUUCUUA